CAAUCAAAUUACAUCAAUUUAUUAACUUGCAAGUGGUUUUCUGUAAAAGAACUGUUUUAAACGCCAAGCGUUUGAAAAAUAAUCGACUAUGAAAAAUAUUCUUAACCUAACGUUAGCUAUUAUAAAACCGGACGUAGUGAAAGUUCCUUUUACUCUACAGGAAAUCCGCAGGAAGAUAUUAACAGCUGGCUUCUACAUAAUCCAAAGCCGUACUGUAAACCUUUCUCGUCAGCAAGUUGAGAAUUUUUAUAGUGAACACGCUGGAAGGUUUUUCCAUAAACGACUUGUAACAUUCAUGAAAAGUGGACCUAUUCAUGCACAUAUACUAGCUCAUCCUGAAGCUAUUCAAUUGUGGCGUAAGAUAAUGGGACCUACAAAAUCGUUUAUAACACAAUAUGAAGCCCCAGACACCAUUAGAGGAUCGUUUGGCCUUACUGAUACAAGAAAUUGUACUCAUGGCUCUGAUUCUCAAACAUCAGCCAUGAGAGAGAUUCAGUUUUUCUUUCCCCAAUUCAACUAUGAGGAAUGGUUAGAAAAGCAGGAGCCAAUGUUUAGAAAAGGAGUAUGCAGUAUUGACUACUCCACCUUCACCCACACCAUAAAAUAGAAGUUAGGGUUGUAAGUAAAAACUUGCAAGCAAACCAAUACAUUAGUGACUGUCAACUAUGCAAAAUACGUUAAAUC